AUGGACUCAACAGUAUCAUAUAGUGGAUUCAAUUACGGGGCACAGAUCGGGAUUAACAACGGUUCAGUCACAAACAGAUUUUACAACUCCCAAGAUCUUGAUAAUGUCCUCCCUUCCGUCCAAGAGGCCACGUUUGACUCUUACGAAAACCAGCAUAAAGAUGAAUGUCUUCCAGCUAGUCCAAUCCUGCAUCAAGCAGUCUAUGAUAACCCGGGCAUUAUGGCGAAGGCAAUGCGGGAACAAUUCGAGAAACUCCUAAUUCAGCCACUCCAACAUCUCAAGCCAUCUAACGUCACAGUCAAGACUGUUAUUAUAGUGCUUGACGCAUUAGACGAAUGCGAGGGAGAUAAUGACAUCCGGUUAAUAAACCAGCUUCUCCCACAGUUUCGAAGCAUAGCUGGUUUGCGUCUACGAGUGCUUUUGACGAGCAGGCCGGAUUCACCGAUUCGUCUCGGAUUCUCAAAGAUAUCGAUGGAUGAUUAUCAAGACACCAUUCUCCACGAUAUCCCAAUGGAAGUGAUCAAGCAUGAUAUCUCCUUAUUCUUCGAUUACCGGCUCGCAAAGAUUAGGGAGGAACGGCCAUUACCCGCAAAUUGGCCUAGCGAUAGAGAUACUCAAAGGCUCAUAGCAUUGUCUAUUCCGUUGUUUAUCUUUGCUGCUACUGUCUGUCGUAUCUUUGAAGACUUGACAUGGGAACCUAUAGAGAGCCUUUCCGAAAUCUUGACGCAUCAGACUAAUCUCUCUCAGCUCGAUAUUACGUAUCUCCCGAUUCUCGAUCGUCUUCUUAACCGGCAACAUGAGAAGCAAAGAGAGAAGCUGGUCUUAGAAUUUCAUAAAGUGAUCGGUGCUAUUAUGAUACUAGAGAGCCCACUCUCUAUAAGCUCGCUAUCGGAGCUUCUUUGCGUCUCAAAAGGACUUAUACAUUCUCGGCUAAGUUCUCUUCACUCAGUGAUAAGGGUGCCAGGCAAUGAAUCAAUACCCAUACGACUUUUUCAUCUGUCAUUCAGAGACUUCCUUCUUGACCCAGAAACCCGGAAAAAGAACCCACUCGGCGUAAAUAAGACAGAGACGCAUGAGAUGUUGAUCAGACAUUGCUUUUCUGUAUUUCAAAGCUUGAAAAGAAAUAUCUGUUCGUUACCAAGCGAAGGAACCGAACGUGUUGAAGUUGAUCGCCACACUAUCGAUACCUAUAUCCCUCUGGAAUUGCAGUAUGCUUGUCGAUACUGGACACAUCACCUAGUACAAUGUGCAGAGCCUGCUCGAAUGGAACACGAUACUCUUUCAUUUCUACGGAAACACUUUCUGCACUGGGUGGAGGCCAUGGGCCUCCUAGGCUUUACAUCGGAAAUACUAGGUAUGCUUACUCGCCUCCAAGGAGCCACAUGGAGCAACGGCCCUUCUCCGAUUUUGGAUUUCCUUCACGAUGCAAGGCGAUUUAUUUUAAAGAAUCGCCAGAUAAUUGAUCAAGCUCCGCUUCAAAUAUAUUGCGCAGGGAUAAUAUUUGUACCUCGAAAGACAAUAAUUCACACAGAGUUUGCGAAUGAGGUUCCUACUUGGAUAUGCCAGUUUCCAAUUGUUAAGGACAAUUGGGAUGCAGAGUUACAAACCCUCGAAGGCCAUUCAGAUUCAGUUCAGUCGGUAGCCUUCUCUCCUGAUGGCCAUCUUCUAGCGUCUGGAUCUGAAGAUCAAACAGUCUUGUUAUGGGACCCGGAAUCAGGCAUACUACAGCAGACUCUUGAAGGUCAUUCAGCUUCAGUUCAGUCAGUAGCCUUCUCGCCUGAUGGCCAUCUUCUAGCGUCUGGAUCUGAAGAUCAAACAGUCCGAUUAUGGGACACAGCAACAGGCAUGUUACAGCAGACUCUUGAAGGUCACUCAGCUUCAGUUCAGUCAGUAGCCUUCUCACCUGAUGGCCACCUCCUAGCAUCUGGGUCUAGAGAUCGAACAGCUCGAUUAUGGGACCCAGUAACUGGCAUACUACAGCGGAUCCUUAAAGGCCAUUCAGAGUCAGUUCAGUCAGUAGCUUUCUCACCUGAUAGCCAUAUCCUGGCAUCUGGAUCUGAAGAUCAAUCAGUGCAAUUAUGGAAUCCGGUGACAGGCAUACUACAGAAAAGUCUCGCAGAAGAUUCAAGUUCAAUUCUUUCAGUAACUUUUUCAUCCGAUGGCUAUCUUCUAGCGUCUGGGUCUGAUGAUUGGUAUGUGUACGUCUGGGACUUAGCGACAGGCACACUGCAGCAAACUGUUGAUGGCCAUAUGUCCUCAGGCUUCAGAGGUUCUGGAGCCUCUGAUGCAGUAGCAUUUACACCUGACGGCAAGACACUGGCGUCCUGCUCUGCUGAUGAAACAAUACGUCUUUGGGACCUCACGGCGAGUGAGGUCACCCAAAACCAUAACAGUGAUAGCUUUGAGCCUCCCCCUCAGAUCAUGACCUUCUCACCCGAUGGCCUUUUCCUAGCAUCCGGCUCUUAUGAGAGUCCGGUUGUGCGUAUUUGGAAUGUAACGGAAGGUACAAUCGCCUGGACUCUCGAUGAGCAUUCUGCUGCGAUAAACUCAUUGGCCUUCUCACCAGAUAAUCGGAUACUGGUGACCUGCUCUGCAGAUAACAGCGCAUGCCUCUGGGACUUGACGACACGCACCCUUCUGCACACUAUCGAUAGCCACUCGGAAUCCGUGAACUCUGUGGCGUUCUCUCCUAAUGGUCAACUAUUAGCAUCCUGCUCUGAUGACGAUACAGUGUGUAUCUGGGACUUUGCGACAUACACACUACAACAGACUCUCACAGCCUGUCCUCAUUUAGGUGACUCAAUUGGCGGCUAUAAAUCGGUAACUUUCUCACCUGAUGGUAAGUUACUAGCGUCUGGUACAUAUAGUGGCCUACUGUGCGUCUGGGACUUGGCGACAGGCGCAAUAUAUCGGACUAUAAAUGCUCAUCUGGAUACUAUUGAGUAUUUGGCCUUCGAUCCUGAUAGCCAAUUACUGGCCUCCUGCUCUAGUGAUGACACAAUGCGCCUCUGGGCCUUGGAGGAGUAUGCGCUCGUGCAAAUUUGGGACAUCGAAUGGGAUGGCGAUUCUUGCGGAUUUUCCCAUUAUUUCGAAUUUUUCCAUGACGAUUUAUCUAUUCAUGGCAAUUCAGCUGCAUUUGUCGUUGAACGUGGAUCCGACCGCCAAAUGUUAUUAUUACGUUCUGGGAAUCUGGACAUCUCUUUUGAGACCGAACGAUGGGUAAAAUUGCGCGGCAAACGAAAGCUCUGGCUUCCUGUUGAGUAUAAGCCUAACUGCUUUAGGAUAAACGGUGAUACACUUGCCAUUGGACUCACAUCAGGGGAGACCUAUUCAGGGCUAACUUUGGUUCACAGUUCAGGCCCGGCCAUUAUCCAUUGUGGGGUUCUAUUUCAUUUGCAAAUCAGCUCAAGCCCCCUAGCAGUGCUACAACUUAUUCGACACUAUAUAUCCAGAUAUGAUUCUGCUAGUAGGAGUUAUGUCCUUGGAAAUUGA